UCCCAGUUCACACACCUGCAGUUGGCGCCCACGACCAUGGCGCCGGGCAUUGCGGCGGAGGUGCCAUCACCACUGCAGAUACAAAUAACCUCCACUGAAGAGAGAAGUAGCAUGCUGAAGUCCUGGUCCGUCUACCUCUUGGAGGUGGACGACUUCGGUCGCAAGUUCACGCUGGAGAAGAGGUUCGAUGACUUCAACCAGCUGCACAGUGACCUCCGAGAAGUGGAACCUGGGAUGCCACCCUUGCCAGAGAAGAAGUUCAUGGCCUCCACCGACGCCAGUGUGGUGGCCGAACGCAAGCCUGCCUUUGAGCGGAUCCUGCGGUACCUUCUGCGGAGCGAGGUGGCUGUCCAUGAGAAGGCUCAGACGCUCUUCAAAUUCCUGGAGCUCCCGCCAGCGGCUGUGGUCGCCUUCCGUUACCUCUUCAAGACCCAGCGAGUGGCUUUUGCCCGGCAGUGUGGGAAGUUGACGGAUCCCAAGUGGGAGAAGGACUCCUAUCGCUUGUCACACCCUGCAGUGCUGCGAACAAGCCUUCGUCUCCUGGAGGAAGGUGCGUUGAAAGAGGCAGAGCCGGAGGUGCAGGGAGAAGCAGAAGUGGCGGUGGUAGAGAUGCUUCGCUUCGCGCUGGGCUCGGGCAACGAGACCACGCGACAGUUUUUUCUGCAAGAGAAAGGCGUUGGCGUCCUCUUGCGCUACAUCUUCCGCAAAGGGAAGAAGGACCCCUCUGCCGGCCCAGACCAACGGGCACGAGGCGUGUUGAAUGCGCUGAUCAAGGUGGAGGGCGAGCACUUCCCGGCGGUGAUGGCGGACUUCCUGCAGAAAGGAGGCGUUUCGGCCUUGCAGGAGGGGACGGAGUUGCUCCGACAUCCAGGUUUUGCUGACUUCAUCUCGAAGCUCCUGUGGAUCGCCUGGGACGUUCAGGUCCAACAGGUCUUCUUCGCCGAAAGCUCUCGCCCAGAGGCCUUGGCCCUCCUCUCGCAGCUCUUCGUGUGCCCCUCGAAGGGCGCCAGGGUUUGCGCAGGGCUGCUCUUGGCCAACGCCUUGUGCCACGACCAGCUGGGCGCCGAGCGCAACGCGGCCCAGGCGGCCGAAGGACUUCGGCAGCUGACGGAGGAGAUGGCUUCUUUGGGCUCGUGGGAGAGCCAAGAGCCCGAAGACGUGGAGGUGAGGAACCUCGUUCAAGGCUUAGGCCAAAACGCCGAGCGCUUCGGACGGAUCCUGACCUGUGCACAAGCACCCUGGGAGCAGAACCAGGGCCAGCUUCCUGACGAGGGGAGUCCCUUGUGGCCGGGUGCAACCUUCAGCUUGUGGUGCCUCCUGCGGAUGAAGCCGGACCCCUCCAGGCUCUCCCAGCUGCGGCCUGCCCUGCCGGCGGUGGCACAGGGCGCUCCACCACGCGCACGGUGGUUGGCGGGCGAGCUGCUCCUGCAAUUGCAGCUACAGGUGCCCAGCCAAUUGGAUUCCAAGAUGGAUGCCAUCGUGGAGACCAGUAUUCAGGAGCGCACAGCACUGGAGUUGUCCUUGCAGGAGAUGUUUGAGCAUACGCGACGCAGCCUCCAAUCCGAGCUGGGUGAAAGCUCCCAGGUCAUUGAGACACAGCAGCGUUUGCUGGAGCUGCGACAGCAGCCCUUACCGAUGGCCACGGGCUCAUCGGUCGCUGGAAGCGGAUGGCAUCAACCCCUGGAGGCGGCCUUGGCAAAGCUCCAAACAGCGCGAGAGGAGCUGAGCCGAGCGCUGACCGAUGCUGCGCGGCAGCGCGAGACCGCUCAAAGUGCUGUGCACGACGUGCUUGAGAUGGAAUUGACCACUGAUAGCGCGGAGGACCAGCAAAUGGACCAGCAGCUGCAGUGUAUGCGGCAGACGGAGGCAGAGUACACUGCCCGGCACUCGGAGCAAGAGCAGCAAAGCUCCCUGCUCAAGUCGCAAGAGGAGGAGGUUGCCACGGCUAACACGGCCAUGGAGGCAGCCGACAAGGUGCUCCAAGAGAUGCGAAGCCGCAUCGCCGGCUACGAGGCUGACAUCUCCAGCCGGCAGCGGGAGGUGCAGCACAAGCGCACCAUGGCAUCCUCAGACAUGCAGGCCGCACGGGAUCAGCUCUCGAGUGAGUUGGACGGCAUCAAGCAGAAGCAGACGAAGCUUCGCGAACGUGCUUUACAACUCCAAUCUGAGGGACAAGACGCGCCGGACAAGGCCAGGGAGAUGGACCGCCUCAAGGCAGAGGCCGGCCGUUUGAAAGCAAGAGCAGCGGAGUUGACGCAGGAAUUGCAGGCCGCUUCUGUGGACCCACAGCAGCUGGAGCAACAGGCUCAAGCAGCAGAGCACGCUGUGCAGCACUUGGGGGAGCAGCGAGACGACCUUCGAGGUCAAUUGCAAAGUUUGGAAGAAGACCACGCCCAGGCAAGAUCCGAAUGGCAACAGGCAGUCAGCAGAUUGCAACAUGCCCGGCAGGAAAAAGAGGUGGCCGAUUUACAAGGUUCCAGCUUGAAAAGGCAACUGGAGGGGCAGUGGGCGUCUUGGCAGCCGUUGUGGUCAAAGCGCCUGCAGGCCUGGCGUCAACGUGCCCAAGUCUUGAGCAAAGCAUCUAAGAGCACUCAGCUCCUGAGUUCUGCCGCACAACUUGCAUGGGAUCAGUUACGGCUUGAGGCAGAGUCUCGGCAUGAAGCUCUGAAAGCGAUCGAAGAACUGCAGCAACAGCUGGCGUUCCUGGCACAUGAUUUGUCAUCCAUCCAGGACGAUACGUUGAAUUGAACAUGAAAAAAUAA